GAUCAUUUGAAGUUUGGUGCCCAAAAGAAUACUUUUCACGAGUUUAUUCGUGGUUCAUUCUUCACCGUGGUGAUCUUUCUGUACUCAUUCAUCCAUUAACCAAAGAACAACGUUCGGAUCAUACGGAUCGAUCUGUUUGGAUGGGGGCAUCUGUUCCGUUGGAUGUUGAUAAGUUACGACCAGUUUUAGUAAAGACCCCUCGUCAAUAUCCAGAAUUGAAGUUAGGUUAUUCAGCUCCUACUGAUAAUUAA